AUGUGGGCUAUUCAGCAAGCUACUUGUCUUCUGGUUCUUUGGGUUUUCAUGGAUGAAGCUAUCAUUGAAUGUCAACACGUUUUCGUGCGUAUGGCUGUCAUUGCAAGCUGCAUGUCUUCUGGUGCAUUGGGAUUUCUAUGGAUGCAGCUGCCAUCGGAUGCCUACAUGUUUUCGUGCGUAUGGCUAUCAUUGGAUGUGGGCUAUUCAGCAAGCUUCUUGUCUUCUGGUGCAUUGGGAUUUCUAUGGAUGCAGCUGUCAUUGCGAGCUACUUAUCUUGUUCCCUUCGGAUUCUUGAUGGAUGCAGCUAUCAUUGGAUGUCGACAGGGUUUCAUUCAUAUGGCUUUCAUUGGUGAAUCAUGUCAGGGUCAAAGAGCAACGUCGACAGCAUCCUUCAGUGUCAGCUUGCCCUAUUACAUCGUUCGAUGGUUUUCGUUACUGUACCACCUAUUGGACACUUCCUUUUAUUUGCAUCUGCAGCGGCAAGGCAACAAGUUCUAUACCUUUUGGUGUCACCAAUUUGUAUCUCGUCUUAUUGUGGUCCUAGUUGUUGACAACCCUUUCAAUGGAUAUCCUGCUACGCAUGCCUGUUAUCGGUGGAUCAUAUCAGCUACAAACAAGAAGCAGCAAUGA